GAUGCCCUGGAAAAGGCACAUAGGGACGUGGAGGCGGGGUUGUUCCAGCCCGAAAGAGAGAACGAUGAGCUGACACGCGCCCUUGGGAACAAAGAACACGGCGGACGAACACGAGGCACAGCAGGCUCCGUUCCGUGGAAGUAUGGCUUUCCUGCGGAAAGGAAGAGAUUUCCUGAUAAAAGCCAUGAGAGGAGGAAGGCAAGGGAAACAGACCGCUCGGCUAACUUCGAGGAGGGUAUGAGCACCAUGCAAGCCCAAUUAACCAUGGUAACCCAAGUACUUACAUCUCAGAUGGCUCGGGGGCAGGCUGUAGAUCCUGCACUGCUCAAUGCCAUCGCCCCGCUGCAAUCUCAACCACACCGGAAAAGCAGCGUGGCUUCCUCUCAGCAGGUGGAUAAUGAUGACCAGGUGGUCGAGCCUCCUCGCUACCCCCCCGUGGAUGAUCUCACUGAGAGCCGUCCUUGUGAGCUGCAUGUUAAAGUUUUCAACCUAUCCUUCAAGGCGGCGGUCGGCAUCCUCUUACCUACAAGGUCUUACCAUUGCCGUCCGGUCCAAGACGACUUUGCUGUUGUGAUGGUGGAUGAAGUGUUGAGAGAGUAUGAGGGGUUGGUGCUUGAGCACCCUGCAGGUGAAGAUGGGGAAAUCAAAGAACUGGGAGAAGCCCGUAGAACCACCGUGCAAUGGCGGAAGGAGAACAUUGUGUUUCCAGGUGAGAAGCCAACAAGCAGGCCACCUCCGCCUCCUCCGCCACCUCAGUCUCCUCCGCGUGAUGAUUCUCCUCUGCGCGAUGAUGAUUCCCCUAUCCAUGACCAGUCUCCUCCGCGUGAAAAUACUCCGCCGCCUCCUCCUCCUCGUCAAGAGACUCCGCCGCUUCCACCUAAGCAAAAGAGGAAGCGGUCCGCGGCACCUCCUACAGCUCCGAAGAGAUCAUCAACUCCAAUGAGGGAACAGACUCCAGAGUUGUUGCCACAUGAGCAGACUGAAGAGCAAAAGGCGUUUCUUGCAACUGCGCCGAAGAAGAUGUUUAUUCCACCGCAGACAGUGAAGCACUUUGCCGAGACGAGAAUGAAGAGACCUGAGCUGAGAGCUGAUUAUGACCGCUCUCUUGGACAGUCCUCUAAAGCGAUGAAAGAAGCAAAAAAAGUCGCCCAGCUUGGACAGCAGGACAUUCAGGCCGCACCCCACUUCAUCGUGGAGCCAUAUCAUGAUCCAGAGACGGCAUCGAUGAUCGAACGGGCGGCUAGAGCUCAGGGAGCAUCAGUUGAGUACGAAGAUUACUAUCCGACGGCUCAAAUGGUAAACAAGUAUAGAUACGGAUCUGAUCUCGUCAAACCUGGCGAGCUCGCGCGUCUAGGGACUCAGAUGCGAAGGUUGCAUGACUGGUACCUGAAAGCCUGUCGAAGAGGUGAUCGCUACCUCACGUUGUAUCUUAGAGAUGAGCAUUACUUCCGGGGGGAAGACGAGAUAAACAUUGACGUAGAAGAACUGUUUCAGUUAUUCAAUCAAGACGCCCUCGACAAAGCUGUCAUCAGUUGCUACUGCCUAAUGAAGAAGCUGGAAUACAAAAGAGGCAAGCUCCUACCGCUGGGGUUCAUAGACCCAAACACAGUUCAUGAAGUUACGGUUCGAGACUUCGCCAAGGACACAGAGGACAACAUCGUAAUGUUUUUAGAGAAGCAAGCAGACAAAGAGGAUAUAUUCUUUCCCUACAACUUCAAUUUCCAUUUUAUUCUCCUAAUCAUUGAUCUUCACCUUGGAGUCGUAAACGUCAUGGACUCGAAACGUAAAGAAUAUGCGGAAUGGGCGGACAUGGCUGCCAUCCUCCAGAGGGCUUGGAAACGGUUCAUCAAUACUGUUCCGGGUGAAUGGAAACCGGAGCUUACAUUUAGAGAUUACCCUUGUAUGAGGCAGGAAAAAGGGAAUAACUUAUGUGGAUACUACGUCUGCACCUUCAUGCGUGACAUGUCCUGUCCCAAGGGUGGGGAUGCCCAAAUACACCACACUCGUAUGACACGCCUGCGGGACACUCUCAUAACAGCGGAUCAAAUAAAAGCAAUUCAAGAGGAAAUCGCGGGAUUCUUUAUUACCGAGGUCCUUACCCCAGGUGGAGAGCACUAUCGGAAGAUCGUGACGUCGGACGAUAUUCGUUCAGGAAAAGUUGUAUUGUAAAUAUGCAUGCAUUACGUGUACUGUGUUGACUAUGUCGUGUACUGUUGACGAUGUCUAUAUAUAUUCAUGACGAUUUUUUGUGGUUU